AUGUCAGGGUACAGCUGUCACACUAGUGAGGAGCAGAAAAAAUUGAGCAAGUCUGAGUUUACAGCCAGUGAGAGUGAGUCAGAGGAUGAGCUUGAACAUGAUGAUGCCACAUUCCAAGUCAUGGGUGUUGGUGAGGCUGAUCUCUGUGCUCAGUUGGUCAACCUUGCCAUUAGUGCUGGUGAUGACCAUCUUGGUGAGACUUGGUUACCUCUGAGAGAAGCAAAGGUCAAUAACAUGUUACCACACCCCAAGUACCACAUUCAAUCUAACCAAAAUUUUGGCCACCCUAAAAAGUCAUGGGAAAAACUUUGGACCACUGUUUUUUGA